UGGAAAUUGAUUUAAAUUGCGAGUGCCGGAUCCGUUGCAUCCACAUUCAUGCAUUCAAGAAAUUGCACUUACUAGUAACUGCAUCAAAAGAAUUCACGCAUUAAAAUCUUUCAAGAAAUUGCCCUGCAAAGUGAUUGAGUAGAUCGAUGCCAUGGAAGAUCAAUUCACUUUUGAAGAAAUAACUUUGCAAAUGUUUUCUGAUCUGAAAACCGAGGUUGUUACACAGUUUGAAUACCACCAUAGGUUGUUCUCCAGGUGCUUUAAUAACCUAAAAACAAUUUCCACCUGUUUCCUCCAAGGAAUUUAUCCACCUGGAGAUGGUGGUCAGCAAAUUGCCUGCGACAACCCAGUGGUGGGGAAAGGGCAUUGUCUGGACGCCCAGGAGGGAAAUGAGGUCAAGCUGCAUUUAUCACAUGCCUUCUUGGAUGGAUGCGCAGAGAUGGAAAAACAAAAAGAAAGGGAGAAUGACAAUGGUGGUGGUGAAGAUAACUGUACGAUUGGAGGGAGAACAGCUGCCAGAGAGAAUUUGCUCAAUGCCCACAUGGACAGAUGGGACGAGAAGAGAGAAGAAGGAGGAGGUGGAGAAGAAGAAAAUGGAGAUGGUGGUCAGCAAAUUGCUGGGGACAACCCGGGGAAAGGGCAUUGUCUGGACGUAUCACAUGCCUUCUUGGAAGAACAAGAAGAACGGGAGAAUGACAACGGUGAUGGUGAGGAUAACUCCAGGAUUGGAGGGAGAACAAGAACACCUGCUAGAGAGAAUUUGCUCAAUGCCCACGUCGACAGAUGGGACGAGAAGAGAGAAGGAGGAGGAGGUGGUAAAGAAGAAAACAAAGAUGUUAAUUUAGUCCACAAGGGUGGUAGAAGGGGAGGGAGAUGGCGAAGGAGAGUAGGGGCCAAGGAGAAGAAAGAAAACAGUGAUGUGGCAGCAGCAUUGCCUGCUGUUGGAAGAAUUACACUGUCCAAGCGAAGGCCAUGGCAAAUGAUUCUUGGUGCAGAGAAGGAAUCUGGUAAGAGAAAGGCCAUGGAAAUAAAAGAGCAGCCCCAGGCCACAAGGAUUACCCGUGCCAGGUGCAAGUUGCAGGCUGAGGUUGAGGUUGCCGAGGAGCCUAUGAAUGUGGCUGCCACGGUAUCUCCAUCAGCAUGUCCCAAAAUGGCGGUCUCUCUGCAAACAGGAGACAAAGACGGCUCAUCUCCAUUGCCUUAUCCUGUCAUUGCGGUCCUAUCACAAACAGGAGGGACGGGCAAAUCAUCUCUAUUGCCUUCUCCUGUCAUCGCGGUCUUAUCACAAACAGAAGGGACAGGCCAUUCAUCUCCAUUGGCUUCUCCUGUUAAGGCAGUUCCGUCACAAACAGGCGGCAGAGGAGGCCUAUCUUUAUUUCCUUCUGCUGUCGUAGCAGUGGCAUCACAAGCAAGAGACAGAGGCGACUCAGAGAUCAAUGAGAUAUAUCUUAAAGGUGAUUCAAUAUCAAAAUUGAGGAUGACAAAAUCCUGUGUUGAAAAUCAAGAGUCGACACUUGAAACUCAUCUCAAUACAUCACUGCCACUGAUUGAUGCUGCUCAUAGAGAAGAAAUGGUGACUGUAGAGAUGAAAAGUAAAUCCUCGGAACAGAUGAAGACACCUGCCAGAGAGAAUUUGCUCAAUGCCCACAUGGACAGAUGGGACGAGAAGAGAGAAGAAGGAGGAGGUGGAGAAGAAGAAAAUGGAGAUGGUGGUCAGCAAAUUGCUGGGGACAACCCGGGGAAAGGGCAUUGUCUGGACGCCCAGGAUGAGGGAAAGUUGGAAAAACAAGAAGAAAGAGAGAAUGGCAAUGGCGAUGGUGAGGAUAACUGCAGGAUUGGAGGGAGAACACCCGCUAGAGAGAAUUUGCUCAAUGUCCACAUUGACAAAUGGGACGAGAAGAGAGAAGGAGGAGGAGGUGGAGAAGAAGAAAAUGAACAUGUUAAUGUAGUCCACAAGGGUGGUAGAGGGGGAGGGGGAGGGAGAGGGAGAAGGAGAGUAGGGGCUACGGAGAAGGAAAAAAAGAGUGAUGUGGCAGCAGCAUUGCCUGCUGUUGGAAGAAUUACACUGUCCAAGCGAAGGCCAUGGCAGAUGAUUCUUGGUGCAGAGAAGGAAACUGGUAAGAGAAAGGCCAUGGAAUUAAAAGAGCAGCCCCAGGCCACGAGGAUUACCCGUGCCAGGUGCAAGUGGCAGGCUGAGGUUGAGGUUGCCGAGGAGCCUAUGAAUGUGGCUGCCACGGUAUCUCCAUCAACAUGUCCCAAAAUGGCGGUCUCUCUGCAAACAGGAGACAAAGAUGGCUCAUCUCCAUCGCCUUAUCCUGUCAUUGCGGUCCUAUCACAAACAGGAGGGACGGGCAAGUCAUCUCUAUUGCCUUCUCCUGUCAUCGUGGUCUUAUCACAAACAGAAGAGACAGGCCAUUCAUCUCCAUUGCCUUCUCCUGUUAAGGCAGUUCCAUCACAAACAGGCGGCAGCAGAGGAGGCCUUUCUUUAUUUCCUUAUGCUGUCGUAGCAGUGGCAUCACAAGCAAGAGACAGAGGCGACUCAUCUUCUGAGAUCAAUGAGAUAUAUCUUAAAGGUGAGUCAAUAUCACAAUUUAGGAUGACAAAAUCCUAUGUUGAAAAUCAAGAGUCGACACUUGAAAGUCAUGUCAAUACAUCACUGCCACUGAUUAGUGCUGCUCACAGAGAAGAAAUGGUGACUAUAGAGAUAAAAAAGAAAUCCUUGGAACUGGUCUGUGAGGAUUCUAAUUAUAUGAAUUGUAUGAGAAUCCCACAGGAAGUCACAACAAAAAUAUUUGAGGAAUGUACAGGAGGUAGGCCAUCCUCAAGUCCUGUGUUGAUCCCUAAACAAAACAAAGACAAUUCAGCAGCACAUGUCAUGAUUCAGUUGGAAGUUGUUGCUAUAAGAGAUAAUGCUGGUCAUGGAGAAGAAAUAGUGACAAUAGAGGCGAAAUUGAAUUCUUUGGAUCCAGUCUGUGAGGGUUCUAAUGACAUGGAUUGUAAGAGAAUUCUGCAGAAAGACACACCAAAAAUAGUUCAGGAAUGUGCAGAAGGAUGGCCAUCCCCAAGGCCUUACUGUGGAUACAGUGCUGACAUGAAAGCUGCAGAACAGUCAGAAGCCUUGGAUGCCAUAGAAAUUAUUCAACUGCAGGAUACUUCAAAUAUUAUUGAAGAAUUAAAAGGGAAUGAAGAUACUGAAACUCUAAUUAGUCAUGAUGUUUUCCAGCAAACAUCUAUUUGUAGUAAUGAAGUUUUCAGUAGAAAUUUACCUUCAUACACAUCUUAUGCCAAAAAUAAGGAAGGGUCUUUGAGUUGUACACCAUUGCCUCGAUUUCAAGCUGAUGGCAUGUCAUCAGUAUGCACCUCUAUUUCCUAUUUACUGGAUAAAACUCACCUACAUACUACACCAUCAAAUGCUCAGUUAUUUGGGUCCUGUUUUGAAGUGACAAGUCCUCAACAUUGUGGGCAACAAGGUGACUCCAAGACUGAACCUUCAGAUGACACUCAUUACACUGCAACAAAUAAGAUUGGAAAAAUAUUUGGUUCAUCAGUCAGAAAGAAGGAUUCAGGAACACCCAAUGUAAGAGCUGGUAGUAGGUUUGCUAGCCAGAUUUCACCAAGGAUCAGUCAGAGACCAAGCAACAUAUCAUGCAACGUGAAAUCUUUUACUCCGCUAGUUCAGCAGAAAAAGGCAUCAGCAUCAGUUAUGACAGGAAAGAGAGAUAUCAAAGUGAAGGCUUUGAAGGCUGCUGGAGUAGCAAAACGACUUGAAGAGAAAAGGGAACAAGAAAAAGGUGGUAAAGGAUCCAAAAUUGCCUGUAGUGACAGUAAUAAAUCCAUAUCAAGUGGCAUGGCAAGAAAAAAGCCAGUGGGAUGCACCGUGCAGUACCAGUCAGGCACUUCUGUGAUUGGUGUGGAUCUGAAGUUGAGAAGAGCUUUGGCCACUAAAAAUAAAAUGGAGCAAGAAAAUUUGAGAAAAUUGGAUGAGAAAAAAAAGAAAGAAGAAGAACGGAAGAAAAAUGCAGCAGAGGUUGCAGCAAAUAAGAAGAAAAAGGAAGAGAUGGACAAGAGAGACCGUGAGGAAAAGCGGAGGCGAUUGGAAGCACAGAAGCAGCGGAAGGAACUUGAGGAACAACUUCGUGCUAAGGAGGCAAAAGAACAGAGGCGCCGAGCUCUGGAUGACUGCAAGCGUAAGAGGAAGGCAAUGGAGGAAAAGGCAAAAAAGCAACGCCGUAUAGAGAAAGAAAGGGAAGCUGCUGAGCGCAGACGACAGAUAGAGGAGUAUGCUAAGUCCAAAAAAUUUGCAUCAAAGGAUGCAAAACACAUGCAAAAAGUCCAUCAGCAUAAUGAAACAACAACUCAGGCCCAAAAUGUAUAUGCUGGAAAGGUGUCAAGCAUGUUAACUAGUUGUGCAAAAGGUGCACAUGGAACAGAAGGGCAGUCAGUGUUGGGCAGAAACCCAAGUUCACAUCUAUCAUUGAUAUCCAACAUCGAUAUUGAGUCUUAUGAAAUAUCGCAUUAUAAGGGUUCAUAUGAGGAGGAUAAUGAUGAUAGAACUUCAGGGAAACCCAUACCACUAUGGGCAAGGAAAGAGUAUUUGAUUCGACAUAUCAUCAGUCAACAAUAUAUUGAUCCUGAUGAGAUAUUUGCUUGUGCAAGAACUUGCAGUUUAAACGAAGUUUUUGAGUCUAAUGGAUCAAAUAGGAGGGGAGAUUUCAAACGGCGUAGUUAUAGUGGGGAAUGGCUUAAUGACUGUUUUACAUGGAGAGAAGAGUAUCAAUACAAGUUGCAGAUGGGAUACAUAAAUGAGGGCUGAGUAAAAUAAUUAAAUGGAUUAUUGAGGGAGAAGAACUGUGGUAAUAGGUACAAACAUAGAAUACCAUUACAAGUUGCAAAUGGGAUACAUAAAUAAGGGCUGGGUCAAAUCAUUAAAUGGAUUCAGGUUGCCUUGUCUGCUUAUCGACAUGUUUGUACCUGUUACCACAGUUAUUCUACCUUCAAGAUGAAUUUUGUGAAUUUAAUGGUUGCAUCAUAUGAACUGCACCUUGUGAACCAUACAAAAGGAUGAUAAUCGGAGUCAAAGAUAUCAUCUUGCUGGGAAAAGUAUGAAAAUGAGCCAUAAGAAAGCUGGCACUAGAAAACAAAUCUGGAAAGCCCGUGUAUUUAUCUUAUUAUUUUUUAUUUAUAAGGAUGAUGCUUAAUGUAUGAUUAAUUUCAAUUUUUUCAGGUUUUCCUUCACUCAUCAUGACUUUCUUUGUCAGUGGAGGAUGUAUUAAAUAUAUAUAUGGGUAAUCCCUCGAGCACCCAUCUUGUAUUAUACAGUUGUUUUUCUUUGCUGGACAUCUUCAAGUUUCUUUUCUAAAGCAUGUGCCUUUUACUUGCAACCUUUGUUGCUUCUUCACUAACAUUUUUCAUUCUUCCAGGGUGCUUAGUACUGAAAUCAUACAAAACUAAUGGUCGGUAGAUUUAAAACUUAUGUUCAAUUGUUAAUGGGAAGAUAUAGUAGAGAAAAGAAAAACAUCAAUUGGAACAUUUAAAAGCACGUUAGAUUUUGACUCUUUGUGUAUACCUGCAUCAUGAUUUUGUAAUUUCUGUGGAGGGUGUCAUGUUCGAGUGUGCAUUUGCAAGUGUUGUGUUCACUAUUGGUUUUGUUUGAAUAUAGAUGGUCAAUCACUGAGUUUACGAUUUGAAUUUGAACGCAAAGUGACAAUGUAUUGGUCUUUCAGAUGCAUUUCGUUCACUUGUGUGUUUGCAAUCAUUAUGUUUUCUUGAAGAUUGAUUUUGUCUUAUCACAAAUGACCACAUGAUUGAAUUUCAUCAACCAUGGAGUUUUUGAUUUGAAUGUGAAUAUCAAACCAGCAAUGUCUUUAUUUUUAGAUAUUUAGAAACCAUUUGUAAUGAUCAUAAAUGGGUGUUUUAAACUAGAAUUUAUCCAUAUCAUAGACCAAGAAACAAUUUUAGCCUCUAAAUGAGUUACAAUGCCCACUGCACUUGUAGCUCUUUGAUUGUUUGCCUCUCCUGCUCCUCCAUUGUUAUGGAAAUAAUCCAAUCUCUGUCGUGGGUAGACUAAAAUGCUUGGUAUAUAGUUUGGUGCUCCAACAUUGAUACAUAACGCUCUUGAAAAUAUGAAGGAAGGUCUGUUAAUUUCAGUGUUGGAGCUCCAAUAAUACAGUUUAUCAAUCUUUCAAAUUCGUUGUCAAUCUCACCCCAAGACAUGCAUCAAUUCUAAUCCAUUGAGGCUGGCUCAAUGCAUCAAUCAUCAUCUGUUGAGUACACUAAUAUGAUUCACCCAUAAUUUGCAACGGUGUUGACAUGUAGAGGAAGACUAUCUACACAAGCCAAGAAUUUUGUUUCUAAAUCUUACAGUUGAAUGGGAAGUUAGCAUUCAAGGAGUCAGAAACAGACGAUGUUGGAUGAGGUACAAAGGAUUAUGUACAUGCUCGCAUACAGCAGCGAAAUGGUAGAAACUAGAAAGAGCCUGACUACCAUUCAAGGAGUUCGAAAGGAAUACAAUUACAACAAAAUUCUCAAAGAUUUCAAGAAAGAGUUCUGUUGCAAUGGUACUAUAGUACAGGAUUGAAAGGUGGGGCAGGUUAUCCCGCUUCAAGGUGAUCAAAGGAAGAAUGAUUCUCAGUUCCUUAUCAAUGCUGGUUUGGUGAAGAUCCAUGGAUUUUAAGAGGCUCUUUUUUAAUGAAUAAUAAGAAAGAUAUUCAUGUUCCGAUUUAUCACGAUAUGUUUCAGACUGUUUUACUUACUAUCAGUUUUUGGAGUCUUUUGGCUCAUAUUGGGACGGUUAAUGGUUGGCUUUUGUAUUGGUCUUUGUAAAGGGCUUGUAAACAUUGGGGCCAAGGUGAAUAAGUGCAAGUA